GACGAAUCAAUGCUCAACAGACUGUUCCUUGAUUUCCAAUGUUCAGGUCCCUUAAUAUGUCAUUAACAGUUUAACACAUUACAAAUCCUUCCCUGUAAGCAGCUGGCAAGUGCUUUGCAACAACAACACACAACCAAGUGUUCACGUAUUUUGUUAGAGCUAAAAACACAUCCAACUUUCUGCAAAUUUCCUUAGUAUUCUUGUUGUGUUUCCGUUCGCCGGAACUGUCGUUUGUGUGCUCAUUCAUGUGGGAACCAUGCCACUACUUUUGGAUUUCGAUUGAACCGCGGUGCAGGACUUUUGGUAGUUUCCUUUCUUAAUUGGUUGUUGAGCCCAAAAUUUCAGCCCCAUUAACGUGCAUUUGCCUACAGAUGCGUGUCUUUUUAAAAAUCACUUUCUAGUCGUAUUUGAGACCUACUUUGGUUUCCAACAUAAAUAAAUCUCUGAGAAAUGCAAACGGUCUUCAUUGCUCUACAAUGCUGCCAAUGCUGCACCAUGCAGGUAAUAUUCCAUUCAUGUCUGUUUUCACACACAAGCGAUUGAAGGAUUGGAUCUCUCUCUCUCUCAGGUGAAGCAGAAGAAGAAGAGCAGCAACAAGUGGAUCUGCGUGGUGUGCAACCAGAAGCAGUCCCUACGCAAAGUGUUCGCUCAGGGGUUCAUGGCAAAGGAUAUUCGGAAGUUCGUCCAGAGUUUCAACAUGUCCCGCCAGCUCUCCGAUCUCCCUCAACACCAAGAGCCGCGAACCCUAGACACAGAAGCCCCCUUCCCUAGCAACCCCAACAGCAAGAGAACCGAUUGGACCGAGUACCUGGAUUUGGAGGACGAAUCAACAGAGGAGGAAAAUGAGACAAGGAUAGUGACGGAGCUUCCAAAGGCAAUGUUCAAAAGGCCCAAGUUCAGCAAUUACACUGCAGGAUCACAAUCUGACAGCGAGAAGCGUUUCCGGCCAGUCUUUUCAAAAAGGAAUGCAAAAAAACACAGCACAUUGCAGGAUGAAGAUGUAGGACCAAUGUCAAAGAGUGCUCUUGAAUGGGAAGAUGGCACACUAGAGUCUCAAGAUACUCCGUCUUGUUGCUCUACAAAAAAGGUUGCCAAAUCAAACAUGUAUUUUGUAAACGAAGAGCCUAACAAGGAGAGUCUGGCCACAGCAGCGAAGGGAGCCAUUUCCAAGUGGAGUGAGUACUUGACAAUAGAUGAUGAUUGAUGAUGCCGGUAAAUUGGAUUCUGGAAGUGGGAGAAUGCGUACCACUUUCUAGUGAUUUAGUUUUGCUGUAAAUAGUCAAAUGGGUCCACUUUUGGGUCAGAUUUUGGUGGAUUUUGAUUCUCCUUCAGAGGAUUAAUUUGUUCUUUUUACCUAGAACAUGAUGUCAUACUGUCAUAGAAUGCUUCCAUAGUGUACUGGUACAGAGUGUUUCUUUAGCAUGCUGCAGGAGCAAGGUGACCUUUCUGUUUCACCUUUCUCAACCAUACAGCAGACCUCUCUGUUAAAGUUCUGCUUGUUUGGUUUGAGCCUUGGCCAGGUCAACGGAACCACUAUGUUGUUCAGUGAAGUGCUACCUCAAUCUGCC